AGAGCGCUGCUCACACACACAAUUCAUACCGAGCAGUAAAAUGGCCGACCGUCAACCAACUGACUUUUCAGCGCUUUAAAACCAGUUUAGUCUUUUCCUCGUUUACAUUAUCGCAUUGCAAUUACGAACAGCACCGUGGAGGACACGUUUCCACAAUUAGCUGCAUCGUUGGGUACUUUUAAUGGAGUGUGUUGGCUUUCAAGUCGACUCGAAUGCCUCGUAAUUUACAAUUUCGCACUGAAGCACUUUAGCUAGCUUCCUAGCUACAUUUCAUGUAAUUCCUGGGAAAGGAGCGUCUGGAAAGGGAACAGCAGUUCAUGGAAGACAAGAAAAGGAAGAAGGAAGAUAAAAGGAAAAGGGAAACCUCACAGAAGGUGGUCGAGCAAAAGAACAAAGUGCCAGAACUGACCAAGACCCCAUCUGCCCAAUCUCCUGCCGUCCCCAGCUCGGUCUCUCCCAGCCCUGGCCCUAUCUCUUCUACAACAUCCUCCACUGCCACCCCGGCUGCUGGUGCCCCCCCUCAGGGUGGGAACAAUGCUAAGCGGUCGGCGGUGGCCAACGGACAGCCCUCCCCCAGUACCCAGGCCCCACAGCGCUACAUGCCCCGUGAAGUGCCCCCUCGAUUCCGUUGCCAGCAGGACCACAAAGUGCUACUGAAGAGGGGCCAGCCACCAUUGUCCUCCAUGCUGCUGGGAGGAGGCAACAGUGGGGGAGACAGCCCCAAUGCAACAGUGGCCGCUGCCUCAGAAACCGGCUUGGGUUCUGCAGGUCCAGCUGCUUCCUCUCUGCCCCACACAUCAUCCUCCUCAUCAAUCGCUGCUUCUUCUACUACUACAAAUUAUGCAAAUUCCAUGUGGGGGGUGAGCUCUGGUAGCCAGCCCCUCUCUCAGGGCAGGGAGAAGGUGAUAGUGGAUGGGUCAGACCUGGAGGAAUGGCCUAGUAUUGCUGCUGGGGAUGGAGCCAGAACAGGAGAUAAAGCCGUUUCUGGAGGUGCAGAUGGCAAUGGGAUGCCAAAUUGUAGUGCCUCAUGGGGUGAAAGGCAACAACCGAAAGUUGUGGGAGGAGUAAAUGAAGGCGGGAAAGGUGUCAGUUCUGGUAGCCCCUCCCCACCUACAUCCUCCUGUUCAACCAUUGAAUGUAUGCAGCCUAGUAGUGUUUGGGGGUCCCAGGGAGCCACAGGUGGAAAUUCAGUAGCAGCAGGAUCGUUGCCCUCCGUAUCCAAAGCCUCCCCUCUUUCAGGGACUGAGUGCUCCAUUGGUGUCAACUGUGGGUUUCCAGGUGCCAACUUUAACCCUAAUGCCAACCCCUCUGCCUGGCCAGCCCUGGUACCAGAUGGAGCUGGGGCAGCUGCAACAGAGGGUGGCUCCACUCCUCUCCAAAGCUCAUCAUUGUCUGCCAACAGCUCUAUUUCUGUGAAUCAAGCCUCUCAUCAGCACCAACUUCACCAAAUGCAAUAUAGAGACAUAGAGCCAUCUUGUAGAGAAUGGGGUGGUACAGCACUGGAGCCAGGAGCAGGACCAAAAAACAUAGCAGUGAUGGACGGGGGUGAUGGAGACUGUGGAAGUACGGGGGGAGGGGAUCUUUCUGCAUCAUCAUCUUCCACCUCUUCAUCUAAUUGGAGAGCUCAGCCUUUUCCUGCAAAUUCCAAAACGGGUGCCUCAAGAACUGAUGCAUGGGAGGGUGGAACUGGGGGUAGUUCUGUAUCUGCAGAUGGGGGAAACUCAUGGGGGUUCAGUGGACAAGACGACAGAGGAGGGCCUGUGGGCGGGAGUACAUGGGGCACAGGAUCUCAGGGAGCAUGGAAUGGGGGAGUUGGUGAAUGGGGUAAUGCAAGUAGUGUUGGCAAUCCAGGUGGGGGAAAUGGAGAUGGCUCAAGCAGUAACAGCAGCACCAGUGGUGGUAGUGCUGGAAACCCUUCAGUUUCUUCCACCACAACUUCAACUAUGACAAGAGCUUGGGACAAUCAGAAAGGCUCUGGAGAUGGAGGAACAGGAGACUCCAGUGAGUGGGGAGGACAGGGAACCAGGGGUGGAGGGGGUACCUCAUCCUCCAGUGGUGGGGGAAACUCAAGAAAUGGCAAUCAGCACCAUGGCCACCACCGCUCUCAUCAGCCUCCCAAUGCUGAAGUGGCCUUACAGAAUCUUCUCAGCCGGCCUGACCUGGACCCCAGAGUGCUGUCCAACUCAGGAUGGGGGCAGACACAGAUCCGACAGAAUGUGGCAUGGGACUUGGAAGGAGAAGGAGGAACAGCAGGUGGAGCCAGAUCUUCUGCUCCAAGCCAUGUUCCACCAUACUCUACUGUAACAUCAACCACUGCCCCGUCAUCCUCAUCUUUGCAUCCUGGUCAACCUCAGAACACCAACUUGAACUCUAAUUCAGUCCUUGCACCCCAAUCUGUCUCACCCCGUGAAGGCUGGGAUAACAGUAGUAGUAGCAGCAGCAGUAGUUCCUCUCUGCCUAAUCGAGGUCCACAGCCAGCUGUUAACAGUAUCCAAAACCCUGGUGUUUCACAAUCUGGUAGUGGAGUGGGUCAGUUAGCAGGGGGGCAGAACAAGUCUUCAGGAGGCUGGGGAGAGUUAAGUCCAUCUGAGAGCCAAGGGAAAGGUUGGGCCACUGAAGGACCGGAGUGGAGAGAUCAGGUAACAGGGGGUGGAUCGAGUGGAUGGGGAGAUUUUAGACAACAGGGUACUCAAGUAGGAGGUGGUGAAGAGUGGGGUAAUAAUCAGGAUGAGAAAGGGACUGGAGGUUGGAAUGAAAUGGGUAGAGGGGAUGGGGGGAACUGGGGUCAGAGAAGUGGUAGUGAAUGGGGGGAGCGGGAGACCAAAGCAAGUAGUGGGAAUUGGGGUGAUGGGAAGGAUAAUGGAGGUACACGUGCAGAUGCAGAAGUAGGUACAUGGGGAAGCUGGGAUGAAGGCACACCAAGGAAAGCUUGGGGAGCAGGAGGUACUGACGCAGCUGGAGGUGGGGGAGGAGGAGACCUGGGUAGCAAAUCUCACUCGGGUUGGGGUGGGAAUGUACACACUUCACAGAUGCCAAACAGCCAGUCGACCUCUCUGAAAGGUCAGGCACAACAGCAGCAACAAUCACAGCCCCAGCAGUCACAGUCACUGGACACAGGGGCCAUGCAAGGGGGCUGGGGAAGACAAGGAGGUCCUUCAGCCCCGAGCCAAAGUUCAGGGUGGACCUCAGGGCCCAUACCCCAAAUAUCCAGUGGCUCUGGGAACAGUUCAGAGCCAAGUGGCUGGGAGGAACCUUCUCCACAAUCUAUUAGCAGGAAAAAGGAAAUAGAUGAUGGAACAUCUGCCUGGGGUGAUCCCAAUAACUACAAUUAUGUCAAUUAUUGGGACAAGAACAAUGGCUCAUCUGGACAGGCACAACCAGUGCAGUCUCAGCAGCAGGGACCUCCACCUAUGCCAGGAAGAGUGCCUACAAGUCUUGGAAACAGGGACAUGAACCUCUCACAUUCUUCCAAUAAGGGCCCAGCAAUGGCGCCGUCCGGAUGGGGCAGAAGCAGCUCUCCCUCUAGUCCAUGUGUGGACAAUGGCACUGCAGCUUGGGGCAAACCUGCUGACACAUCGACAGGCUGGGGUGAUCCAGAUAAUGCUGGGAAUGCAUCAGGUUGGGGAAAUGCACCUAACCCUAUCAAGUCUGGUUCAAAGUCUAUGCAAGAAGGCUGGGGUGAGAGAGAAGGUUCUGUCAGUGCCUCUCGUCACUCUAGCUGGGAGGAGGAGGAUGAGGGCGGUGGUGUGUGGAACAGUGCUGGAUCUCAAGGCAGUAGCUCUUCAUACAACUCUGGGGGUUGGGGAGGCAAGAAGGCUAACAAGGGUUCAGUAAAAGGUGGCGACUCUUGGAUGAACCCCAUGACUAGACAGUUCUCAAACAUGGGGCUUAUGGGAGAGGACCCCAGUGGCCGUUCUUUGGAUCUGGCCCCUGGCCCUCCCCAGGAUAAAAAGAUGGAUGGAGAUAAAAGAGGGAUGGGUUUGAGUGACUACAAUGGAGAGAUGCGCAAAGGAGGGCGUGGAGGCGGAGGAGGAGUCGUCUUCCGUUCACCUAGUUCCAAAGAGGUGGGGCCUGCUGAGACUGGGCCUUAUUACGACAAGAUGGGUGGUCAUAUAUUUGGGAGUGCUGGUGGAAUGGCACAGCCCAGGCACCAGCCAGGGAUGCCACCCAUUAACCCAACUGUGCGAGCGCAAGUGCCUCAUCAGUUCCUGUCACCUCAGGUGCCAGGCUCUGUGCUGAAACAGAUGCCUCCUCCAAGUGGGGGUGUUGGAGCAGUGAGUGGAGGAGUUUUCCCUCCUCAGCUAUCCCCCCAACACAUCGCCAUGCUCAGCAGCAUCUACCCUCCUCACAUCCAGUUCCAGCUGGCGUGUCAGCUGCUCCUGCAGCAGCAACCUCAGCAGCAGCAGCAGCAACAGCUCUUACAGAACCAGCGCAAGUUCCCUCAGAAUGUGCGUCAGCAAGCAGAUCCCCAGCAGCUUGCGAGAAUCAUGGCUGUACUUCAGCAGCAGCGGCAACAGCAGGUGGGCAGUGUUGGGGGAAGCUCUAAACUUUCUCCAUCUCACCUUGGUAGUGGUAGCCAAAAAAUGCCCAUGUCUGACUCAUUGCCUCACCCUGGACUGGGAGGCUCAGUGGCAGACCUGCAUCAAAAAUCACCUGCAUAUUCAGGGUUUGGUUCUGGUGUGAAUCUGUCUGGUCUUGAGUUGGGGUCCAUGGCCAGUGGUCCAGGUGGUCUGAAAGAAGGUGGGGGACAGCAGUCUCGUUUUAAAUGGAUGAUGGAGGGUCACUCACCAGCUCCCUCCUCUCCUGAUGAUGCACUGCACAAAAAUGGCCCUAUUGUAACUCCUCUGAAGAGAGGAGGCUCCCCGUAUCCUCAGUAUGAUAUAUUGGGCGCUGAAGGUUUGGGUGGCCCUCUCCAAGGGUCCUCGGACAGCUGGCAGAGAACUCCUGGAAACAAAAUGGGAACCAAGACUGGAACGUCCAGCUGGCCUCCAGAAUUCCAGCCAGGGGUGCCAUGGAAAGGAAUACAGAGUGUUGAUCCUGAAUCUGACCCCUACAUGACCCCUGGGAGCAUGCUGAGUUCAUCUGCAGUGUCAAGCCUCAGUGAUACUGAGCACCAGUUGCUAAGAGAUAACACAGAAUCAAACCCUUCCCUAAACACCUUGCUGCCUUCACCUGGUGCCUGGCCCUAUAGUGCCUCAGACAGCCCCCUCAACAAUGCACACAAUUCAGCUAAGUUUGCAGAGUAUAAGCCAAGCUGGCCUCCUGAGCCCAUUGGACACAACAAGCCUUGGAAGACCAAUCGAAAUGCAUCUCAGCUACCACGCCCACCUCCUGGACUGACCAAUCAGAAACAGCCCUCUGUGUCCCCAUGGGCAGGAGGAGCGCCACGAUUGGGGAGGGGUUGGGGUGGAUCUGGAGGAAGCCACGAAACCAGAUAUGGAUCUGGGUCAGCAUGGAGUGACGGUGGAGCCUCAAGGGGGAGUUGCUGGCUGUUGCUGAGUAAUCUUACUCCUCAGAUUGAUGGUUCCACCCUGCGCACUAUCUGUAUGCAGCAUGGUCCACUGUUGACCUUUCACCUUGGUCUAACCCAGGGCAGUGCUCUGAUUCGCUACAAUACUCGCCAAGAAGCAGCCAAAGCUCAGAGUGCAUUGCACAUGUGUGUUCUGGGCAACACCACAAUCCUGGCAGAGUUUGUGAGCGAGGAUGAGGUUGCCCGCUAUUUUGCACAUUCCCAGGGUGGAAGCACCAGUGGAAGCGGGCCGCAAGUUGCAGCAGGGUCGUCCAGUGUAGGUGCAGUUGGCACAGUGGGUACUGGUAGCUCUGGAGACAGGGAGCGGGCAGGAGGAGGAAGCUCUAACACAGGAGGUGGUGGCAAUGGGGGUGGAGUCGUGCCUACAGGCUCGAGCUGGCAGAGUUUGGAUGGUACGGGUGGUUCCCCAGAUCCAGUCCCUGUCCAGGCACCGGGCCUGAACAUCUUUGCCCAGUGGAGCAAUGGUGCAGGUGGAGCAAGCAGCAAUGCAGUGGGUGUGGAACCGAGCAGGCAAGGGCUAUGGGCUGCAAUGCCAGCUGGGUAUCCAAGUAGCAGCCUGUGGGGAUCACCAGCUCUGGAGGAUCGACACCAGAUGAGCAGCCCUGCAGCUCUGUUACCUGGAGACUUGCUGGGUGGAGGCUCUGACUCCCUCUGACUGACACAUUUUUACACACACCCCCACACACUGGCAGCACACAUGUCAUUAUGACGUAAGUAUACUGAAAAGCACCCAGUUGUACAUCCACAAUUAAGUAAAUGCAGGUGUAAAAACGCAGGAAUCUGGAGAAUUUACAUGUUUAUAGACGUAAAAUAAUUAGUAAAUGUGUUUGCCAGCAGAAAUAUAUAGACAAACUUCAUAAAAACAAGCACUCAGUCAUAUAGUACAGAUACACACUCAAAUGUACUCCAGUGCUGAGAACCACAGAUUAUUACCCGUACCAACUUGCAUUAUAGCAUAAGAGAGAACACUGGUUACAGUUGUACACACACUGUUAAACACAUCAGCUUCACAAAGACCGUGCUGUGUACCCUGCUCUCCAUAAUCCAAUCUCCAUUCUAAAAUCUCAGGAGCGUGAAGAUGCAGAGUGUGGGGCACGGCCUCUUGUUUUUUGUUUUCGUUCCUCUUCCUUAAGUAUUGCAGUGCAAAACUGCUGACUGACCUACACAGACGCACAUGCCUACACAUCCCUCAUACACCUUUUAUCCUUAAAUGAAGACUUUUACAGCAAGACUUGAACUGAACAAAAAGAUGGACAAAUGGACUUUAACUCAACUGGAUGAGUUCUAAAUCUUGAGUUUAUAUAAGAUCACACUUGCAUACUGAGGCAGCAUCACUCAGGCAUGCACUGUAAUAAUAAAAAAAAAUAAAAAUAAAAAAAAAACACGGACAAAUGUAUAUGCAUCAUACAAUGUUCUAUGUGAUGUUGAGCACUUGACAGAAGACGAUUGAAAAUGUUACAGCUCCUAUUUACUGGCAAUGUCAAACACACCCAGCCAUGCAGUUCUGAUGUCUGACUGUAUCUUGUCUUUGUUUUAAAUGUGGAAAAAUGGAAUCCAGAGAUGUCUCUCUUCCUUAAUAUGCUGACCUCGUUUUUUUCCUACUCAAUCAAGUUUGUUGUUCUGAUGACUAUGAUCACUCUGAUGUGAAUUAGCUGUAUAACAUGCCCUCUCGGCCUGUGUGUGCAUGAGAGAAGUCCUUAACGGAGGUGGUGACAUGGAGCAUUAGUAUGGCAUCACUGAAUGUGUGUCAUUGAGAGAUUUAAGAAGCUUGGUGUGUGUUUGCUAAUAUAUAUGCUGGUUAGGGAGGCGAAUAAAUGUAUGUGUGACCGCUUAUUUCAGGUCUGUGUGCUGGAUAAGUGUAUGCAGAUAUGUCUGUAUGCGUGAGUGUAGACAGCAAGUUCAAAAACAUUGGCACUAAUGAAAUAUUUUUUAAGUUGUGGUUUUAGCAGCCUUUUUGUUUUAUAUAUUGUCUGAAUUGCAAUAAUAUUAAAGAGAGAAGCUUUUUUUUCUUUUUCUUUUUUUUUUUCUUUUUUUAAGAAGAAACAACCAACUGAAGGCAUUCAAACAGACAUGCCAAACCUAUUGUACCAAGCUGAGCUGGAUGGAUGUUUUAGGAACACUUAAACGUUACCAAUUGUUUAUUUUUGUGUUGUGUACCAUUUUAAAUUAAGGCAGGCUUUAUCACUCCUGUUCAGGUUGUUUUUGUUUUCUGAUUUUACAAAGAAAAGGAAGUUAAUUUAAAAAGAACAAGUCAAUUAAUAAAGGUUGAACUGAAAAUGUCUGGUUUUGUGCAUAAUGCAUUUUAUUUAUUGCAUUUAAUUUACUUUCAAAAUGAGAUGUAUUACAGGGUUGUGUGAAAAUACGAGGUUUAUCUUCAAGAGGAGAAUGUAUAUUUCACAAGUGAAAUAUUUCAACAUGAGAAGAUAAACUUCAUAUCUUCACGCCACCUUAUAUGGACAUGAGUGUGUGUUUUACUGGGAAAUAUACCACUUGUAUUUUUCAUACUAACUAUAUCCGAGACCUUGAGAUCCAAAACCGUGACACAAAUCUCUGAAUGUCACUUGUGAGGAAAUCGAUGAAUUCUUUUUUGUUUUGAUAAAUUUGUGUACUUUUGUUUGUCUGUAUAAUGAAAAGAAAAUCACACAUUGGCUUGAAGGUCUGAAGUUUAUCUUCUCGUGUUGAAAACCUCAUUUUUCAUACGGAAUACAUCACAGAUCUGAGUGAAAUAUUUUCCAAUACUUCACUCCCAGUGUUUUCCCACUGACUAGACGCAUGUCGAAAUAGCGAACCGGUUCAAAAUUCUUUUGACUGACUAGCAUUUUUAAUUUUUUUUUGUGAAUGUCCAUAUAAUAUAAAAAAAACCUUACACGGUGAUGUGAAGAUAAACUUCUUGUGUUGAAAAAUAUUUUCACUCAUUCACUUCACUCAGUCCUGAGUAUGUUCGCCACUUGAUCAACUUCAUAUCUUUGCACAACCAUGUAAUAUCCUAUUUUGGUUUUUUGUUUUUAAUUUGUUAUUCCAUGAAAUGGAGUCGUACAUGAGCUGAUGGCUGAUGAGGCAUGUAGUGCUGUUGGCUGUCAGCCAGGUAUGAGAGUGAGUGGAAUAACUGUUUUUUUUCUAUCCACAUUCACUGGAUUUUGAGAAAUGGGGCAUUUUUAUUUUUUGCAAAUUUGAUAACUUUAUACAAAACGUCCAACAAAAUCAUUUUCACUGAGAAGGUAAACAAACCGGCGAAAUGACCGUAGCAAUUUGUGAAAAAUGCAGUAAUUCUUGAAAAAUAAAAAUGUUCUUACCAUGAAA